AUGGAGAAGGAAAGAGAACAGCAGGUUUACUUGGCUAGGCUCGCUGAGCAAGCCGAAAGAUAUGACGAGAUGGUCGAAGCAAUGAAGAAUGUUGCUAGGUUGGACUUGGAACUGACAGUGGAGGAGAGGAAUCUGGUUUCUGUGGGUUACAAGAAUGUGAUUGGAGCAAGGAGGGCAUCCUGGCGUAUAUUGUCCUCGAUCGAACAAAAGGAAGAGGCCAAGGGGAAUGAACAAAAUGUGAAGAGGAUCAAAGAGUACAGGCAGAGAGUUGAGGAUGAGCUUGCAAAGAUUUGUAAUGACAUACUGUCGGUCAUUGAUCAGCAUCUUAUUCCCUCAGCCACGUCAGGGGAGUCGACCGUGUUUUACUAUAAGAUGAAAGGUGACUAUUGUCGUUAUUUGGCAGAGUUCAAGGGUACUGAUGAUCGCAAAGAAGCUGCUGAUCAAUCACUCAAGGCGUACGAGGCUGCCACCUCAACUGCUGCAUCAGAUCUGCCGCCUACUCAUCCAAUCAGGCUUGGUUUAGCUCUGAACUUUUCAGUCUUCUACUAUGAGAUUUUGAACUCUCCUGAAAGGGCUUGCCAUCUUGCUAAACAAGCCUUCGAUGAAGCUAUAGCAGAACUCGAUAGUCUAAAUGAAGAGUCGUACAAGGAUAGUACCCUCAUCAUGCAGCUGCUUAGGGAUAAUCUCGCUUUGUGGACCACAGAUCUGCCCGAGGAAGGAGGUGAGCCGUCUAAAGGUGAUGAAGCAGAAGCAGAAGCAGGGGUAACCAAACUAUGA